AGCAGUGGCGGCAGCGGCAGCAGCGGUGUGUUAGCUUUAAAGGGGAACGAGGAAAAAGCCACACACAGAAACAGCAAGAUGGCUUUACCUGCAACGUAAGAUUUAGGUUUAUAAUUGCCUUCCGGCUCUGUGGGAUUUAAGACAAAAAGGGCUUGGUUGGCUCUUGGGCUUUCACAAUAGAAGACAGCAGCUCCAAAUGAGUGUACCUGCAGCGACGGCUCAGAAAUCAGACAGCAACGGCAACAGUGAGAUGCAAUCGGCUGCAGUGGCUCCCUCUUUCAUCCCCAGCCAGUCGGGGAAAAUACCAGGCAGGAAGAGAGGGAGACCUCCGCUCCGCAAUGUCGCCAAGAUGGAUUUUCCCAACCGUUACCCUGAAUCGCUCCCUCCGCUCAAAGUGCCAAAGAAAAGGGGGAGAAAGCCGGGCUUCAAGCUCAAACCCAGAAUGGUGAUGACUCCGUUAGCUAUUUCUCCACCCAGCAGCACCCCUGAACCCGACAUGAGCUCCAUACCUCAGGACGCUGCCACCAUCCCCCACUCCGCUACGCCCCAGGUGCUCACAGUCUGUAUCUACAUCAAUAAGCAGGCCAACACCGGGCCCAAUCUGGACCGGAAGAAGAUCCAGCAGCUCCCGGACCACUUCGGACCCGACCGGCCCUCGGUGGUGCUCCAGCAGGCCGUCCAGGGCUGCAUCGACAGCGCAUUCCAGCAGAAAACCGUGUUCACGCUCCUCACGCAAGGCUACGGGGGAGAAAAAAUUUCAGGUGUUGUACAAAGACCUCGCUCAGCCACAUUUGAUGGGAAGCAGCAUCUCCUGAGCCUCCCCGUGGUGAACAGCAUCGACUAUGUGCUCCGCUUUCUGAAGAAGCUCUGUCGCAGCUUGCACUGUGAAAACCUCUUCAGCGAUCAGCCCAUUACCCAGCACAGUGGUGGCUCCUAUCAGUCAGAUGCGGAGACGUCGAUGGCGGAGGACUACCACUUAGACCAGUCCGACGGGAAGCGCUACUCCGUGGACCCCGGCGAUUCGGCCUUCAACUCCAUCAGCUCGUCCUACUCGCCAAAGUCCUCGUACGGGUUCCGCUCGUCGCAGCAGUUCUCCAACGGCUCCGCCUCCAUGAACAUGUGCAGGCAGUCCUCCACCAGCCCCAGCACGUUCCCGGAGAGCAACCGGACAGGCUACAAUGGAUCUUCAGAGUCCCAGGAGUCGAAGGCCCCUCCCAACAAGGACCCGGCCACCUGGUCCGUGGAAGACGUGGUGUGGUUCAUCCGAGACGCAGACCCGCAGGCGCUCGGUCCUCACGCAGACGUCUUCAGGAAACAUGAAAUAGACGGAAACGCUUUGUUGCUCCUAAAGAGCGACAUGAUCAUGAAGUACCUCGGACUGAAGCUUGGGCCGGCCUUGAAGCUUUGCUACCACAUCGACAAACUAAAGCAGACCAAGUUCUGAACACUUCUGACUACAAAUCUCACCGAAUCCAGCAGAGCGUUUAGAGAAGGGUCGCGUCGGAGGAUCCCAGGUCUGUGAGCCGACGGGAAGACAGGAAAGCGCUUUCGCGUCAUCUCACAAGAUAUGACUUCCACACAUUCAUCCUCUAUGCUUGUUCAAUACCUGUUAUUUUAUUUAAACUUGUUUGUUGGCAAAUGUCA